AUGGCAAGUCUUUCCUCAGACUUGGAGCAUGUCUCCCUUCCUGUCCGGAAGGACGGUCUUGAACUCCCUUUACCUGCCCGAAGAACCUCCUCCUGGUCUCCCUCUCCCUCUGAGGAUCCCAGCUUAUUUCUUUUUUCUCUGGCAGAGCCUGACCCCAGCCCCUUGGUUUCAGGAAACCUCCCCUUUCCAGCUUCAUCCCUGGAGACGGGGAAGGAGCAGGAUGGCAGCGACGACUCAGCAGAACCUGAGAUGCUGUGCAGCCUGGAGCACCCCAGCCAGUUCUUCGCUGAAGCGCAGAGGCUGCGGGAGCAGAAGCUGCUGCUGGAUGAAGAGGUGUCAGUAGGGGGACAGGUAUACGGGGUGCAUCGGGUGAUCUUGGCUGCAAUUAGCAGCCUCUUCCAAGGCAGGCUGCUGGGCGGUGGAGGUCAGCAGCCCCGCUUCAGCCUCGAUGUGACCCGGAGGGGCUGGGAGGCUGCGCUGACCUUUGCGUAUGAGGGGGUGCUGGGCCCCGGCUCGCAGAGCGAAGUGCUGGCUGCUGCAGAGGCGCUGGGAGCGCCCCGGGUGAAGAACGCAGCCCAGCUGAGGACAGAAGGGCUUGGCAAAGCCAGGGAAGAUGAAGAGAAGCUCAGCCAGGCAGAGGAGCUGAGGGAGAGCCUGCACACCAUUGAGCGUCUGUAUCGAGAGGGCAUCGGGUGCGACCUGGAGCUGGAAGCAGAGGGCUACCGCCUGCGGGUGCACCGAGUAGCCCUGGCCUGUGGCAGUGAGUUCUUUGGGGCCAUGCUUCUGAGUGGGAUGAGGGAGUCCCAGGGCACAAAGGUCUCUCUGUGUACCAUCUCUUCUCAAGACCUGAGAUUCCUCGUUUCUUUUGCCUACUCUGGAGUUGUACGAGAAAGAUGGCCAGGAUUGCUAAGAGUCGCCCAGGCUGCGCUGCAGUACCAGAGCUCCUCCUGCCUGGAUUUGUGUCAGAGAGCCUUGGCUCAAAGCCUCUGCCCUGCCCUUUGCCUGGCUUUGUUUCCUAUGGUUGAAGCCCCUGGUUUGGAGAAAGUCUGGGGGAAAGCGCAUCAUUACCUCCUCACUCAUCUGCCUGCUGUGGCUCUGUGCCCUACUUUCCCGGAGUUACCGGCUACCUGCCUGGCGGAGCUCCUGGAUAGCGAUGAGCUCCACGUACAAGAAGAGUUUGAAGCUUUCAUGGCUGCCCGGCGUUGGCUGGCUGCCAACCCCGAGACCCAGGAGUCAGAGGCCAAGGCCCUGCUGCGAUGCGUCCGCUUUGGCCGCAUGUCUACCAGAGAGCUGAGAAAGGUGCGGGCAGCUGGGCUCCCCCCUCCUCUGUCCGCCGAUCUGCUGUACCAGCUGAUGGUAGAAGCCGAAAUUCCAGGUCAAGAGAGGUGCCGGGAGCCUGACCAAGCACUGGUGGUGAUUGGUGGGGAUGGGCUCAGACCUAACAUGGACCGGAGACAGCCGUCUUGCAAAGUGUGGUGGGCCCGGGCUUUCCACUGUGGCAUGGGUCUGGUGCGGACUGUGGAAUGGUGCCGGCUGCCGGACCUGCCUGCCCCCGGGCGCUUUCGCCAUGGAGCUGCGAGCCUAACAGGGAGUGAACUCUAUGUGUGUGGGGGACAGGAUUACUAUAGCCACUCCAACACUCUGGCUUCAACUCUCAGGUGGAGCUCCAGUCAAGAAGACUGGGAGGAAAUGGCACCUCUGUGCCAGGCUCGGAGCUUCUUCCCUCUGGUGGUGUUCGAUGGACAUCUUUAUGCCCUGGGUGGACGGGACAAUGGUGUUGCCCUUAAUUCUGUUGAGACCUAUAGCCCUGAACUCAAUGUCUGGAGGCCAGCACCAGCUCUUCCGGUACCAUGUUUUGCCCACGCGGCUGCAAUCCUCGAGGGCCGGUUGUAUGUAAGCGGUGGUUAUAGUGGGACCGGCCAGUUCUUGGAUUCACUGAUGCUCUAUGACCCCAAACUUGAGAAGCCUGAGACACUUUUGAGCCCAAUGGGUGUCGCUCGGGCUAGUCACGUGAUGGCUGCUCUGGGUGGGAGGUUGUAUGUGGCAGGUGGGAUAGGGGACACUGGGGACCUCCUGAGCUUCGAGGUCUAUGAACCAAAGACUGAUAGCUGGACUCACCUGGCACCCUUGCCCUCCUCCCAUGUGGGGGCUGCGGGGGCUGUGCUCCAGGGGGAGCUACUCAUACUGGGGGGCUAUAGCCACCGUACUUACGCCAUCUCCCACCUUGUCCAUGCCUACUGCCCUGGUCUGGACCGCUGGCUGUGCCUGGGAACUCUGCCAAGGCCUCGGGCUGAGAUGCCUGCCUGCGUCUUGACAUUGCCCAGUGUGCGGCAUAUAGCUUUGGUCCCUACUCAGCACCAAAAUAAACCUGCUGGAUGAUUGAGGGCCAG